ACACUGUGGAUUCCGUAUGAAAAUCAACCAUGUGCUCUUCCGUGAUGCUUUGAUAUGAAUAUGAAAGUGUCCACCAGCAAUUGUUUUGAUAAGAUUUGACAGAAAUUUGACGGAUGUCUGUGAUUAUAAGUAACCAUUUGUCGGACAGCAUGGCGCAGGGCCGACCUAUCAAAUGUGUGGUCGUGGGCGAUGGUACUGUUGGUAAAACAUGCAUGCUCAUUUCCUAUACAACGGACAGCUUCCCUGGGGAAUAUGUACCUACUGUGUUUGAUAACUACACAGCUAAUAUGAUGGUGGAUGGCGUUCCAGUCAGUCUUGGGCUGUGGGAUACUGCUGGUCAAGAAGAUUAUGAUAGACUUCGGCCACUUUCCUACCCACAGACGGACGUCUUCUUGAUCUGCUUUAGUGUUGUGAGUCCUUCCUCUUAUGAAAAUGUGACGACGAAGUGGAAUCCGGAGGUUAAGCAUCACUGUCCUGAUGCUCCUGUACUUUUAGUCGGUACAAAAAUAGAUCUUCGUGAAAACAAGGACGCCAUUGGACAGCUGGCAUCUCAGGGUUUACAACCUGUGAAACGGGAACAUGGCAUCAAACUGGCCAAUAAAAUCCACGCUGUCAAGUAUAUGGAAUGCUCAGCUCUAACGCAACGUGGAUUAAAGCAGGUCUUUGAUGAAGCGUGCCGAGCAGUCCUACAACCUCAACCAAUUAGAACGAAAAAUCACAAGUGUGUCCUCCUCUGAUUGGUUUAAACUCUAGCCAUGUGACCUAGUGUGGCCAUUUUAAUACUUAUUACCAGCUGAAUCUGUUCUGUUUCCUGAAUGGCUAUUCAUAUCUCUUGUCAUAAUAACUUGGAUCUGUUCUGUAAGUGAAUGGCCACUCAGCUUAUAUUCAUGGUGAUGACAGCAUUUUCUGUGGAUCGCUUCAUGGACUGGAUGGACAAGAAUUUACUGAGGCAGAUCAUCCAAUAUUUCUCCUGUUUCAUUGAAUAUAUGGUAUAAGUGAAGAGAGUAAAGGCGAGGAUAUUUUCCUGAUAUCUGAGGAGAGAAAAUGUCAAACCUGAUGAUUAUUUUUAAUAAAAAUUUGUUUAUUGUUUAUGAACUGAUUGAACUUAAAAAAAAUUUGAAUGAAUUUCCAAAAAAUGUUUGUAAGAAAACAGAGGUUUAAAAGUUUUUGAUAAUUUUUUUUUAUAUCAGUUUAGAGUUGAAAUUAAAAUUUUCUUUAG